GUAUGCGUUUUUCUGAUUUGCACGUGGGGAUUGAACGUUUUCGGAGACCAACAUGGCAGCGUGCAGUGUAGAGGAGUUGUUAGCUAAAGCUGAGCAAGAAGAGGCUGAAAAACUCAAAAGUAUCUCCGUCCAGAAAGAGCUGGAACUGGACUUUGAUAUUGGGAAUCUGCUCGCAUAUGACAGAAACCGCAUCGAGUCCCGGGACUUUAGGGACAAGAAGAAGGAGGAUUUCUUACGGUCCUUAGCUCGUGACAACACGCAGCUUCUCAUUAACGAAAUAUGGAAGCACCCCACAGAGAGGGUUGAGGAGGCUAUAGUAGCCAAACUACCGGAGCCCACGACGCGACUGCCCAGAGAGAAGCCUCCUCCUAAACCUAGACCUCCAACUAAAUGGGAGCAGUUCGCCAAGCUAAAAGGUAUACAAAAGAAGAAGAAAACCAAUUUGGUUUGGGAUGAAACUGCAAAGGAAUGGAGGAGGCGUUGGGGCUAUAAGAGAGCCAACGAUGACACGAAAGAUUGGCUGAUCGAGGUGCCAGAAAAGGCAGGCCCGAAUGAGGAUCAGUUCGCCAAACGCGUUAAAGCCAAGAAUGAGAGAGUGGCCAAAAACGAGCUCAACAGGCUGAAAAACAUCGCCAGGGCGCAUAAAGGCAAAGCUCCCGGUGUGGGUCUGCUCCCCAAAGCCCAGCAGUCCAAAGACGAGCUGUCUAGAGCUGUGAGUGUGGCCAAAACCUCCACUGCAUCUGUCGGUAGAUUCCAGGAAAGCCUGUCUAAAGAAAAGCCACCAAAGAACACAGGCAAGAAGAGGAAAUUCGAGCCGCUCAUCGGUGACUUUUCCAACGAGAAGCAGAAGCAGCUGGAGCUUCUCCAGGUCAUUGGCAGCAAGACGCCCAAGUUAGACAUCACCAAGGCUGUGAAUAAACAGAUGAGAGAGGAGGACAGAGAGGAGGCUGCAGCCAAACACAAGAAGGGAGGGAAGAAGGGACGUAAAGGCAACAUGGCAGCAAAGGGCAAAGGAAAAGGGGGGAAAGGUAAAGGUAGAGGAAAAGGAGGUAAAGCUGGAGGAGGGGGGAAGAAAGGCAAACCUGGGAAGCACUGAGGAUAUCACCAGCAGAGUUGGACUGGACAUUUCUAAUGCAAUAUAAACUCAUUUAACUGUGACAUCUGUGUGCCUGCUUCUGUUUAUGUAAAUUAACUGAACUGUAAAAUGAUGCCAGCAUCAGAGAGGCUCGAUUAAAAAAGCAAACACUUAAGCAU